GGUGGUGGGAGCAGCCGCUGUUUCUGCAGAAGCACAGGUCGGGUGUUUGCCUGCCCUGGGUACUGAGAUAUGGCUGAUCCGGGCACGAGGCUCUGGCUGCUCCCGGUGACCCUGUGGCUGCUGGCUCUGCUCGUAGGUGGGAUCUCAGCAGACAAGAGCAGUGCCGGGAACAGCACAGGUGCCAAGUGUCCCCCGGUGUACCAGAACCUGCGGUACGUGGCCGUCAAGAAGAACAUGCCCAUCUAUCUCAUCUGCUACUCCCAGGACCCCCAGGUCAUGCAGUGGUACAAGACAGCAGAGGACAGGGAUGACCUCUCUGUGCUGAACCAGACCACGCCCAGCUACAGCAUCGAGAGGACGAACGCCUCCAUCAACCUCACCCUCUUCAGGGCCACCAGCCAGGACAAUGGGAUCUAUGUGUGUGACAGGAAGGGCCUGGUGCAGAAGGAGAAGCUGCACUCGUGUGGGACAGAGCUCCGGGUCAUGGGUACCAGCAGCAUCCAGCAGGUCCAGAACAGGAACACGCUGAAAGACGCCAUCAUCAUCAUUCAGUCCAUCCUGCUCGUCAUCUUCAUCAGCAUCCCCAUCCUCCUCUUCCUAGAUAAGGGUGAAGAAAAGAAAACCCCAGAGGAGGACCACACUUAUGAGGGGCUGGAGGUGGAGCAGAUGGCCACCUACGAGGACAUCACUCCUUUCCGGGACGUGAAGGCCAAGUGGGCAGUGGGGGAGCACCCAGGUGAAGAGUGAGGGAUCCUGUGCCCUCUGCCAGGCCCUGCCAGCACCCUGCCAGCCCCUGUGGGGACAGAUCCCCUGGAGCACGGCUCUGCCUGGAUCCCGAGCUGCAAACACCUGCACAGCCCAGCCCAGGGCUGGGAUCCUGCUGCCCUGGGGUUCUCCCGUGUCCAGGCUGUGUCUCCGAGGCUGCCCUGCCCCAACUGUCACUGUCCCCACUCCACUGACCAACCCCUAAAGCCUCUGUAGAAAUUAGGAGCCACCUGUGAUUCCCCCAGUAGCAAACUGGUCCCACAGCCCGGGGAGCCCCACAUCCAGCACUGAGCUCCUGCCUGGUCAGUGCCAUGGAAGGACUGGGAAUGAGGGAUCUGCUCCAACCCCACCACCCUGGGAAGGCCAGGACCAGGCACUACAUGGACACUGCCAACAGCACCAUGUGGGUGUUGUGAGAAGCAAAUUUGGGGCCACACUUCAGCUGUCAAAGCCCUGGCUGUGUCCAUAGGCCCAGCUGGCAGAGGUCUGAGGUGGAGGAUCCCCCAAAAGCACCUCUUUUUCUCCAAAGACUAUGGAAAAACUGGGGAGAAAGGUCUCACCCAAAGGCUUGCUGCUCCCCAGGCAAGAGCUGGCCCCUGUCACAAGGUCAUCCUCAUGGUGAGGGGCAGGUGUGACCUCAGAACAUCUGGGAAAGUUGUAAACUGUGGGACACAAACCUCCAACUGCUUUUAAAGUCCUAAUAAAUGUAAUGGGUAAAUCCUCAUCCUUCUCCAUCCUGCUGUGCCCAUUCCAGGUAACCCUGGUGCCAAUUUCCUGGGAAUAACUAGCAGCUUUUUGGAUCCAGCUUAGCUGGAAACCAAACUUCACCUCUUCAAACUUCACCCCGAGGGCAGGCAGGGAUGGAGAACCAAGAGCAAAUGUGAGGCACCCCGUAGAGACCCUCAACAGUCCCAAAACAUCAGCUUGGGAUGGGACAAAGAGAAUCACCAGGAUCCAAAGCAGGAGAACAGGGCCCAGGACCAGCAGCUCCAUUCUCAGCUAGAUCUGGUCUUGAAGGAGAAGCUAAAAAACAACUGGAGACUGGGUUUGUAAUUAAGUUAUCUUGGCAUGGCAGCAGCAGCUGAGGGUGGUGAGCUCAGGUUCAGCCAGGCACCCAAACUGGGCUGGGGGCACAGCUGGGGUGGGAGCUUGGCUGGACGAGGGUGACAAGGACAUUAUGGCUCAAACUGUCCCCUCUCAGAGGGCUCAAGGCCUCUGUGUCCUGAUGGUUCACAAUAUUUUGGGCUCCAAGCAGCUCCUGCGACUGCUCUACACCCCCAAAACAGCAAGAGAAGGGUAAAAUUCUAAGCAAAAAGGGCUUUUCAGAAGUAACAGGAUAGUUCUUUACCAGUCAAGCACUUCUGUGGAAAACUGGAAUUCAUUUUAAACAGCACAAAACCAGCAUUUUAAAAUUGAUAUUUCUAGUUAAAUAAAGCUAUCCCAAAUUAGUUCUGCCACACAUAUAUAAGAGUUAUUUAAGCAUAUUUUGCUUAUAAAAUGAGUUAAUUUUAAAAAGGAGCAUUCACAGGGAGAGAAAAGAACUGGCUGUUCCUGAUUUCCACAUUUGCCAAGAUUUUAGGACUAGCAGAGCUCAUCCCUCCAUUCCUUGUUUUCAAUAUCCAAAUGGAAGAUGGAAGGUUUUUCUGGCCUUCCCAGCUCCAGAUUCCUCAGAUCUGUGUAAACAACUCACUCAAGUGACUGAACAGAAUAACAGAAAAAAUAAAAUUUGCUGUUUGCACCUGGUGAGGAACCACUGAUGUCAAAAGCAGUUUUUUGACCCCAGUCCUCUGCUGCUCCCUCAGCCCAGGGCUUUGGCCUCC